AUAGAAACUGACCGUUGUUUGGAUACCGUACACGUGGUACGGUGUCAUCUAGUGUACUCAAUCAUUUUUAUUUAAUAGACUACAGUCAUGAGACAGAGAGAGAGAAUACAUGGAAUCUUGAUGUUACAUUUUUUUACAAUUUUACGACAAAUAUAUAACUAUAAAAAUGAUUUGUGUUUUGCAAUUUCGUUAAAAAAUAGCUUAUUAGAAAACAAUAUUAUAGAAAUAAAUCAACAGUACAGAUUAGAGAAAGAUCAAUAGUUUUUUUUUUUUUAACUAUCCUCGUGCGUGCACCAAGGAUCUAGUCCACUGAUUAAGGUAUUAUUAUCAUUCUUCUCCUCUCAACCUCAAAAUUAUAAUCUGUAUCUUAUUUAAUCAAAGACAGGCUGGACAUUAUAAAAAGUUCAAAACACAUAAAUGACAUUUAAAAAAAUAUAUAUAAUAAUUUAAUACUAUAAUAGGUUUAUUAAAAAAAAAAGUCUUUAUUUCCUUAUAAUAACAUGAAGAAAGUUCAGUUGUGUUUCCGCCGUGUCUAUCUGAAGGAAUGCACGUAACCAGUAACCUCCUCCUAAAAACUCCUAUAAAUCCAUCAGAGAUCUCUGUUCUCUUGUCUUCCUUACUUACUAAUCUCUCAAGUUUAUAAACUGUUUACUCUGUUCUUGGCGUUUUAUUCUUCUGUUGGAUUUCACCAGAUCUCCAAACUUGUGUUUUCUUUUGUUUCUUCGUUUUAUUAACCAUAUAAAGCUAAACCUGAUUUUAUAUUAUUUUAUAUUAUAUUGGUACCAUAUAUAUAAUAAAUAUAAAAGAGAGUGGUGGUGAUAAAAUCUAGUAAUAAUCAAAAUAAGAAUCCAAGAUUAAGUGUUUUUUGCUCAUUGUAUCGCCAGGUGUUGUUCUUAUCGUUGCUGUCUUAAUUCAUUUGAGAGAAGAGUACUUAAGCAACAAAAAGAGUAUUUAAGAUUUGCAGAUCUAAUAAUAAUUAAGAGGUCGUGGUCAUGAGACUUUUGUGAGAUAAAAAGCUCUUUUGUCGUUUUUUGCUCCUUUCUUUGGGUUGUGAAGACAAGAGACAGAGAACUUGUCGGGAAGUUCUUGAGAUUUUCAAAAUUUAGAAGUUGGAAACUUUCUGUGCAAGAGGGAAGAAAGAAGAAUGGGUCAUUACGCAGCAGUGUGGGAUCAUAAAGCAGCUACUGAGAUGACCAAAGACUGGAACGGCAUUGACCAAGUCUUUCUCCGUAACCCUCAUGGCGCUUCUGCCAAGAUUAGUUUACAUGGAGGACACGUGGUUUCAUGGAGGAAUGACCAAGGCGAAGAGCUCCUUUUCACUAGCAACAAGGCUAUAUUCAAACACCCAAAAUCAAUGCGUGGUGGGAUUCAGAUUUGUUAUCCUCAGUUUGGGGAUUGUGGAUUACUGGACCAACAUGGGUUUGCAAGGAACAAAAUUUGGGUUAUCGAUGAGAACCCACCUCCUCUUAACUCCAAAGAGUCCUUAGGCAAAUCAUUUGUUGAUCUUCUUCUCAAACCAUCAGAAGAGGACUUAAAGCAAUGGCCUCACAGUUUUGAGUUCCGUCUUAGGGUCUCACUUGCCAUAGAUGGAGACUUAACAUUGACUUCUCGCGUUAGAAACGUCAACGGCAAGCCCUUUAGCUUCUUAUUCGCUUAUCAUACUUACCUCUCUGUCUCUGACAUAAGUGAAGUGAGGGUUGAAGGGUUAGAGACAUUGGACUACUUGGACAACCUUAGGAAAAGAGAGCUUUUGACAGAACAAGGCGAUUCAAUAACCUUUGAAUCUGAGAUGGACCGGACUUACAUUAGAUCACCCAAAGUGGUAGCAGUUCUUGACCAUGAACGGAAAAGAACAUAUGUUAUAGGAAAGGAAGGUCUUCCAGAUACAGUGGUGUGGAAUCCAUGGGAGAAGAAAUCUAAAACCAUGGCUAAUUUUGGGGAUGAUGAGUACAAAAGCAUGCUUUGUGUGGAUGGUGCAGCAGUUGAGAGACCAAUCACUUUGAAGCCAGGAGAAGAAUGGACCGGAAGGCUUAUGUUAACCGCUGUUAAGUCCAGUUUCUGCUUUGAUCAACUUGAACUACAGAGCAAAGGAUUCUGAUUCUUACUUACCUCUUUUAGAAUCCCAAUCCUUAAAAAGAAUAUUAUGCUUAUUCCAUUGCAGUUUUUUUUGGUACUGCUACACUGGAAGAGAGCAGAGACAUCAUUUUGUGUUCAGUUUUUCUUUGCAUGUUAA